UUUCAACUAAACCAAGGUGAAAAAUUAUAUGUCGAGUGUAGUGGGAGACUGUACACCGAAGGGUGAUUCAGAAGAAGAUAACACGCUUCCUAGUGCAAAAAGGAAACCAUAUCCGGUGGUUCUUUGUGACAGUGAAAAUUCCACAUCAUCAAUGACACAUGAUGAUGAUUUACUUGAAAGUGAUAAUGAUAUAAAACCGUUUAUUCAAAAACGUUUUCCGGCAACCAUGGGUGGACUUUCGAUACCACAUCACGGACUAUCAGCUGCGUUUCACGGUUAUCAUGCCCAUUCGGCGGCAGCAAAUAUCAACAAUGGCAAUAAGACUCCAUUCUUAUUGCCUGCUGAGAUUUAUAAGAGCCUGUUUGCAAGUGCAGUCCUUCAGAAACAGCAACAGCAUCAUCACCAUCAAUAUAACCAAACAAGUUUAUCCACCACAAUGUCCGGAAAUAGUAGUGGUGCAUCGAUAGCAGAGAAGACUAAUCACUCGCCUCCACCACCUCCACCGUUUCCAAGGAAUUUGUUGUUUUCAUGUGGUGAAAAAUAUCAUCAAAGUCUUCAGGAUCAGGAGAACGAUGUACCGGAGAAUAAGAUUAAUGAUAAGGCUGCCGCAUUUGUAUGGAAUAACGAUGGAUCAGUGACAUCAACUAAUCACAGUACGAUUUCACAUCACAAUAAUAAUAACAACACUACAAGUAAUAACAAUAAUCACACAACAAAUAAUCAUUCCUCGGCAUCAGCGACUCCAGUUCCUGGAGUGUCACCUGUAACAACAUUAAGUUCACCUGUCGGUUUAGGACCUAACGCAACAAUGCCUGUGGGAGGUGUUCAAGGUCAAAACCCUACACAAGGGUUAGUACAUUGGAUGAGUGCUGUUAUGGCUGAACAUAUGACGGGAAAUACACAUCAUGAUCCAACGGUGGGAAUGCAUUACAUGUGGAAUGGCGGUGUAGAUCAAUGCGGUCAACAUUCAAAAGAUAUUGACUACAGUGGUUGGCCAACACCUCGAAAUCAUAUGUCAAUGAAACAAGGAUAUGAGGCUAAAAUGAAUGAUCACCACAGUAAUCUACAAAAAGGACAUCUUUUAGACGACAGUCGUUUGGAUCAUCAUCCCGGAGUUCAGAGUAGUCAAAUGGCAAUAUAUGGUGCUACCGGUGCUUUGCGAUCCGGUUCGUCGAGCAGUAGUUCUCCUGGUGGUGGUCAUGGCCAUCCUGGAGCGGCAGCAGCAGCAGCUCUACUAGUUGUUCCGCAACCAAUAAAUGCAACAAAAAUUACAGCUGGACUUACGAACGGGACCGGAACUGGACGAAAAUAUCAGUGUAAAAUGUGCCCGCAGAUAUUUAGUUCCAAAGCAGACUUGCAGCUUCAUACGCAAAUUCACAUGCGCGAAGCCAAGCCGUACAAGUGUUCGCAAUGCGCCAAAGCCUUCGCCAAUUCCAGCUACCUUUCGCAACACACUCGUAUCCAUCUGGGAAUAAAACCCUAUCGUUGUGAAAUUUGCCAACGGAAAUUCACCCAACUAUCACACCUACAGCAACACAUUCGAACACAUACAGGUGAUAAACCGUACAAAUGUCGACACCCCGGGUGCCAAAAAGCGUUUUCGCAACUUUCCAAUUUGCAAUCACACUCCCGCUGCCAUCAGACUGAUAAACCAUAUAAGUGUAAUUCCUGUUAUAAAUGCUUCUCGGACGAACCAUCUCUUCUGGACCACAUACCAAAACAUAAAGAAUCGAAACAUUUGAAAACGCAUAUUUGUCAAUAUUGUGGAAAAAGUUAUACCCAAGAAACAUAUUUAACUAAGCAUAUGCAGAAACAUGCAGAGCGAACGGAUAAGAGACCACCUAUAACCGGAACAGGAUUAAGUUCAAACUCAAAUCGAAAUUUGGGAUUGAACACAUCGAUACCAGCUGUGACAGGUGAACAUCCGUAUUGGCCGAAAGUUAGUCCAGAUUCGGCGGCAAGUCUGACGGAGGUGAUGCAUCAGCAACAUCAACAGCAGCAGCAACAACAACAGCAGCAACAGCAACAACAACAACAGCAGCCAGGACAACCGAAUCAUCACGAUUUCCCACCGAUCAGUUCACAACAUCCUGCUAACAAUGGCCAUCCCGACCUUCAAGCGCAUCACCGAAUGUUAGACAAUCACCGGGAUGAUGUUGCCUCUACACCAAUUGGACCGUAUGACACUGGUAGCCUAACAAAAACGACCAGUAGUUCAGCAUUUACACCGAUAAAUUCAAUGACACCUCAUUUGAAUUCGCUAGGACAUCAUCCAAUGACGCAACGCCCCUACCUGUAUGAUACCAUUAGCUUCCAGAACAAGAAUGUCAAUCAAAACACCGCCAAUUCCUUUCCCAAUCAAUUAAUUUCAUUACAUCAAAUUCGUAAUUACGCCCACCAACCUGCCGGUUUAAUGGCUGGUGAACAUUUACUCGGCGUGAGCGUAGGCGCCGGGAAAGAUAAAGGAUAACUAUACUUUUAAGGGUUGUCACUCCCUUGAAAAAUAGUGUGAUCAACUAUAGAUUGAUAUUCUAUAGAGUAACCAUGUUUUUAGUUGUACGUUUUAAACAAAUAAUAGCUCAUUAUCGUUUCGUUAUCGAUUGUUUUCGUUGCAGAGAGGCUCGAAAUGUGAAAAUGAUGUUAAGCAUGCGAAGAAUUAUUUCUUUUACGAAUAAGACUAGAAGAAUAUGAUGUCCUAUUUCGAAACGUACGGAUGAGGACAAGGUAAACGAUCUCAGCACCAAAAUAGGUUAAUUUUUAAAGGAACUGAAAUUUCUACUAAAUAUUUAUAUUUUCGGUUUCUUCAAACUCAAAAGCACUAAACAUCGACGAAAAGUCCUUUUUUAUUCAGUCGAUGGAUUGAUUUGCAGUUUUGAUGUUUGGAUGUUUUAUUUGAUUUAUAUAUAUCUAGGCUUAUACCUCGCAAACACUUCCAUGUAUUAUGAAAACUUACAAAUAACCUUUCUACACGUGCACCCUCGGACUUGCAGGAUUUGAUAUAAUAUUAUUAAAUCCCAGCAAAAUAAUGCACGACCUAUCUAAAUGAUAUCCUAUCGAUUGGCUCUUUUUUGAUUACGGGUUUUUGAAAAUUCUGGCAAUUUUGAGAUUUUUUCCUCAGUCAGUUAUCUGCGGAUACAGGCGUAACUGACAGGCCGGUCUGAUCGUGUAUAGCAGGCUGAAACUGAGUUAAACAAGUUUGGCAAAUUUUAUUUUUCCGGUUAGAGUUUAUGUUGUUGUCAGUUGUUAUACUACUCCCUGUAUAAAAGCUCCGUAAGCAGAAAGUAUGUAAGCCGUUCAAACUGCAUAAAUAACCUCACCGAAUUUAAGUCUGCUAUCGUUCACUAUUUCAUAUGUUCAUUAAAGGAAAGGAAACACAGCCUCAUUACUAAGAAACUGUCAAUAACGAUUAUAGACAGGAGCGUGUGGAUGCCUUAUUGUCUAAUCGGGAAGAAAAGGAAGGCACAAUGUACAUCAAUUUGUUUCCUGUUUGAUGAACGAAGAGUCUUGGGUGCUAGUCCUAAACAUACUACUGUGUCCAAAAAGUAAGACCAGUUUUUAUUUAUUUGUUUUAGUUUCCAGAAGGCACACGGUACUAAACCAGGCGAAUAUGGCGGACCUAUCAUGAUAUGCAUCGAAUUUUUGUCGAAAAAGCCACGAAGAAUGAGUGCUCUUUUUCAAAGAAACUGAGUUGGUUUUUGCACUAAUCAAGACCACGUUUCAGACCUAAAAUAUCUUUCAAAAUGUUAUUGUCAGAUCCUUUCAAAAUGUUAUUGUCAGAUCCUUUCAAAAUACCAGCAGUAUUAGCAAGCUCUCUAGCAGUCAUUCGACGAUAGAAUUCGCAUAAAUUCCUCAAUUUUCUUGACAUGUUGUUCCUCGGUAGAGGUUGAUAGUCGUCCAUAAUUCUCUUCGUCUUCAACACUUUCACAGCCUUUUUUGAUAUGUUUAUACUACUUAUUAAUAUUCUUUUCCAACAAAGCAUAGUUCACUGGUCCGCGAAGGCUUUCUGUAUCAUUCUGAACGUUUCUGCACCCGAAAUUUCAUCCCGGAGAGGAAAUUUAAUGCAACUUCUUUGCUCAAUAUACUCGUAUAGUAAUUAUACAUUGCAAAUAUCGCCGAAUGCACUUUAGGCGUCGUACAAAACCAAACGUAAAUUUGUCGCAGAUACCUGUCACAAUGCUGCCAACUUAGAAAAAAAACGCGUGCUGUUUACCCGAACGAUUUAAAUUGAAAACUGGUGUUACAUUUAAGACAAGGGUAGGGGUCCGUCUGUCCAUUUAUAAAACGAAAGAUAUCAAGCCGUCGCUAAAUAGUUGAUUUACGCAUUCUCAUAACACUAUUUUUGUUUCAUUAUGAGCAAUAGCUUUCCGUUUAAAUUUUUAAACACUAUGCGAUUUACGGAUGCCGCAGAGGGGAUAGUUGAGCUCUCCGAUCUUGUUACACUGAGUUCAAAUCCUGAUCGUCAAGGAUAUCGGUGUUUGUCUUCGUGCUGUUAGGCUGCUGUAGGAUGAUAACGAAACUGAAACAUACAGACGGUGUCAAUGCCCUAUACACGACAAAAGAGUGAACAGUGACAUUCAUGCGAUUUACAACACUUUUUAAAAUCUUCAUUUCAUCCUCACAAGGUUAUUAGCUCACACACUUUCUGUCAAUGGUUACCCCAUAUCAUUUUCUACACUUUUUUCACCAUUGCUAGCUUAUUUGAUCAAUCAUUGCGAAAUUUGUCUUAGUACGGCCUCGUUUAAACUCUACUACCUAUGUGGUUGCCAUUCACCCCUUGGUGGGGUAUAGCGCGUCAACCUACGUGCCAUCGUUCGCGGUUACCUGAAAUGCCCUUCAGCUCGCCCCACGACUUCCCGAGACUAGCGUAUAGUUAUAGUCUCGAAAUGAGGUGGUCUCAAUGCAGCUUUGUAGAGAAUUUAUAAAAGGACACAAUAACCACAAGACCAACAACUGUUAAUCGAUGGCGAACAAUACUUCCAGUUGAUGAAUGACUAUUAUUCAUCUUCAGCAAUCCUGUAGUCGGCCGGUACUUAGAACCAUGGGAGGCGUUAGUGAUGCAUAAUUUAUUACCUCAAAUAGGAAUUGCUAUUUUAGAAAUAUGGCCUAUGAAGAUAGAUAUUAAUGCUGAAUUUGAACUCCUCCUUUUUCCUUCCUUGAUCAAACAUUAAUUCGUGGGACGACUAAGUGUUUCGAAUGUAUAUAUGUAGUAUCACGACGUGCAACGCAUUGGGUGAUCGCCCGUCUAAACUUCCAGUGUGGUUCAAACAUACGUAGGCCUUCGGAUCUGCCGAUUUGUCCAAUAUCACUAGAUGUGCAUGGAGUGAUCACAUAAAGAAUAUCUUCGGUCCACCUACAUAUAUAUCUCAAUUUGUUCUCUACAUAUCUUAAUAUCGUUUGACACAAUAUAUCAGGCCAGGUCUAUUCAAUGCCACGCGGUUCAGAUGCUACCCUGAUGUCUCUCAUAUCCAUCUCCCUGGUUCCGUCUUAAGAAUGUCUGGGGUAUAACGUCCCACCUUGGCUUUAUUAGGCUGUAAAGCGAGGGACUUUAGGAACCUAAUCCUUGGUCAGUACGACUACUUCUGUUUUCUCCAGAACUACUGAGACAAUGUUAAGCCACCCAUCUGUGGACUUAUCGCAUCACCAGUCCCAGUGUAUGUUGAAUUUGUUCAACCGUGCGUGCGACAACCAGUGCUUCAAAAUCAUCCACGGGCUUUAAUUGCAUCAAUUCUGGAUUGCCCCGCUCUAAAACCAUCUUAACCAAUUCUGAUGCCCUAGUUCCCAACUCUGAUAUUAGAUUACUUUAUUAUUCCUGUAAUAAUUAAGCAAGAUUAUCAAAUGUAGCCUGACCUUGCCCAGUUAUGCCUUUACUUUGCUGAUUAAUUCAGUAGCCUAUAUUUCGAUCUUCACUGAAUUCUUUGCAACAAAAGCCAAUGUCAUGUUUUGGCUUAAUCAACUGUGGGAAUUUCCUUCUUAAUGAAAAGCAUUGUCAUGACAAUAUACAAAAGAGGCUCCAGUAAGGUAUCUUGCAAUACAGUGUCUGUUCCCCAAGCAAUAGAAGUAGUAAUUUUUUUUCUAACACCCUGGAGGGUCUUGACGGAAACGGUUGUCAUGUCGGUUUAAGAGACUUUAAUGCAGUCAAAAUAGCAUCCUCUAGAGACGGUUUUAAUUUUCCAAUUCUGCUAGAAGCAUUGUCAUAACCGAGUAUACGGUCAGGAUUCCAGAAAGACGUUUUUCACAAUCUUUCAUGAACAUCCAUAUAGCGUCUCUUGAAUGAAUAAACUCCUUAUGAAUCACAGCCAAUUUUAGCAUUAAGAAAUACAGCCAGUAUUGUUGUUACUUCUGACUUACUUCGGCGCUCUAAUAUUUUUCGCCGCACCUAAAUACCCGUGGUUUGUCUUGAAGAACAAUUACAUAAAAUCAUAUGCCUAAUUUCUUCUAGCAGCUUCCCACAAUACGCUUUCCGUAUUCACUUUCCGGUAGUAUCCAAAACUACCUUCAAAUCCAUACCAUCUAUUUUAUUAUAGUUUUCCUGGAGCAAAUUGUUCAAAAAGAACUGCAAAACUGUCUAUCGCAAGUAGUUUUCUUUCUACGACGAACCAUCGAGAUAGAUAGAGAGAUGUAUUUACCUUGAGUAACUGAUUCAGGGAAACAACUGUGAAUGACAAUGCCAUUGGCCCCUUUCAUAGUUUUGCUCAUUAAUGGCAGCUGUCACGGACGUAUCUAGAAGUGUUGUACAUGACAGAUUGCUUAUGCCCAACCAGGGGUAUAUUUUUCUUUGUACCCAUACGGAGGUGAAAAAUCAUAGAAAGACACGUCCGCUCCAGCCCCGCGAGACCACCACUUAGGUAUUACUUCGCGGGGUGGGUUUACCUUACAGCAUUCAUCCUUCUGCACGUUUCGGCUUUGCUCCUUAUUUUCUCCUUCGGCAACGUUUGCUUUGUUUUACCAUUGCGGACGAAACCGUAAGUUGCUUUUCCUUCACGACUAAGUUCUCCAACCUAAAGCAGUGCAGAUACUGCCUACAGCAACCACCGUGUUCGGUGAGAAACUGUGCAAUGUGGUAGUUGGUCUCUCCAUGUUUCCGUCCAAGUCACAGCCUAAUGUUGAUGAUUAGCCUAUUCGUCCACCGACCUUUCGUAGACUCAUCCCAUCUGCAUUACCAGAGAUCAUUCGAUUUUGACUUUGCCGCAGUCCUACGUUCUGUGUGCCCCUUCAUGCUUGUAUGGUAGAGCACCAGCCCGCCACCACCUCUCCACCACUACCUCAUCUGAUGUGGUUCUAAAAGCACUGCCAACUCUCAAUAUCAUCAGUCAGUAAACCGAAUUCACCUUCUUUCGUCUUUGAGAGUUUGCAAGUGCAUGUGACAAGUAAAGCAGGAUGAAUCGCGUCAGUACGGCUAGAAGCAACCUCGAACAGUGUUUCGGCCCGUCAAUAUUCGACAACAUUUUGCAAGUGCAGCGCUGGCACUGGCUGCCUUUUGGGAUGCAAAUUCUAGGUGUUCCCUAAAGCUCAGUAUGUCGUCAGUUAUGACCACCAGGUAUUUGAUACCCCCGCUGUGACCCUGUGCUUUUUGGGGAUCUCAUUCGUCUCGUAUCAGAGAGGCAAUUUUGAAGGAACCAGAUUCCCUAAAUUUCCGGGAACGCCAAUUUUAAUUAACACCCCUUUAAAACUAUUCCAGUUGGUUGGGUUAAAUGCACUUUUCACAUCCAAUGCCGACACUGCACAUUAGCUUCCAGAAACUAGUGCACCUUUUGCCAGGUUCACGACCAUGCUUAUUGCAUCUACUGUAAAGUGGGGGCGCUGGUAACCAAACUGGCGAUCCAACAAGCCAUUGCUGUUUUCGAGGCUGGGUAGGAAUCUAUUCUAGAUGACUGGCUCCAUCGCAGCAGGCAGAUCGGGUGACGUAAUGCUCGGUCUCCUGGUGGCUGGUUGGGUUUGGGAAGCAACACGAACUUUUGCUUUCUCUGCUGGACGGAAGGUCAAACAAGUAAUCUAUGGUCACCCGUGUUCUUUAGUUUCAUCCAUUAUCAUAUAUAUGAUAUAGCUGUCUAAUGCAUUCCACUUUCUGCUUCGCUACCUAAUUACUAGAAAAAAGCCUUUUUCUGGAAGCAUAUAGAUUUCAGUUCUGCGACGUCCUAGUCCUACUAGUAUUUUAACUGCUGCAGGAACAUAUCUUUCCC